GACAUUGAUCCGCCCUGAGAGAGGAUCAAGUCAUCAGAGAGAGAAGGCGGAUCAAGUCAUCUAUACAUUACCUCGGCGUCCUUUUGUUGACGUUUGGUGUUGGCGCUUCGAGACACCUGUUGGAGGGUGGCAGCAGGUGUGUGGCAGGUGUGGCAGAUGUAAGGGACCAUUCUGCCAUUGAGUGAGAGAGGAUGGGAAGAGAGAGAGAAUGCGAGUGAAAAAGAGACCGUGAAGGAUGUCAUUACUUCCUUGAUCGAUAAAAAGUGAGAAAGAGACCAAGUGAGAUCAGUACAGAAGAGAAAGACAAAGAAAUCCAGAUGUGAAACCAAGAACAAAAGAAAAGAAAAAACACAGACAGCUAAUGUAAAUACUCAAGAGGAAGCAGGACAAAUUGACAGAAGAAAACCCAAACAAACCCAGAUGCAUAAGUGAGAACAAAAGAAAACACUGACAAAGGAGAGAAAGGGGACGACUCGAAGAUGCCACGGUAGAGAGAGACACCCCAGCCUGCCUCCUGUGUUCCAGCACCGCCAGUAGGGGAGAGGGAGCACUAUGCCCUCCCUCCUGGCCUGCUUCGGGUGUGGGGGCCGAAGGGAGAGCGAUGACAUCACCACCCUCGACUACUGCCAUGCCUCCCUCACUGAUGUCCCCUCUGACGUGUUUGCCUGCGAGCGCACCCUGGAGGAGCUGUACCUUGAUUCCAACCAGCUGAGGGAGUUGCCGCGCCAGCUGUUCUACUGCCACGGCCUGCGGGUGCUGGGCCUGAGUGACAAUGAGCUGACAGCGCUGCCUCCUGCCGUGGCCUCUCUCAUCAACCUCACCAACAUUGACCUCAGCAAGAAUGCCAUCUCGGACAUCCCAGACAACAUCAAGGGGUGCCGUCACCUACUGGUGGUGGAUGCGAGCAUCAACCCUCUGUGUCGCCUGCCAGAGGGUUUCACUCAGCUACCCAACCUGCAGGAGCUGUACCUCAAUGACACCUUCCUUGAGUAUUUGCCAGCAAGCUUUGGUCGGCUGUCACGGCUGCGGAUCCUGGAGCUGAGGGAGAACCAGCUGAACACACUACCUAAGACCAUUGUGCGUCUCACCAACCUCCAGCGGCUUGACAUUGGGCAGAACGAUUUCUCUGAGCUGCCUGAGGUGAUCGGCAGCCUGGCCAACCUGACGGAGCUCUGGUUCGACAACAACAAGGUGAAGUCACUCCCUCCACUGCUGGGCCGCCUCAAGAAGCUGGUCCACGUUGAUGCCUCCAAGAAUAAGGUGGACUGGGUGGCAGGUGACAUAGAGAGUUGCACAUCCCUUACUGACCUCCACCUCUCCUCCAACCACCUCAAGGAGCUGCCGGAGAAGCUGGGUGGAUGCAAGCAGCUACAGGUCCUCAAGCUGGAUGACAAUGCACUCACCCACUUGCCAGAGUCCAUUGGGGGCUUGGCGGAGCUGCAGGAGUUAGUGGUGACGCAGAAUGACCUGGAGACCCUGCCUGCCUCCAUGGGUCUCCUCCGUGCCCUCCACACUCUCCACCUGGAUGAUAACUUGCUUACUGAGUUGCCACCUGAGCUUGGGUCAUGCUCCAACCUGACGGUGCUGACGGCUGCCUCCAACCGCCUGACAGGUGUGCCCGCUGAGCUGGGCCACCUGCCCCACUUGGCUGUGCUCAAUCUCUGUGACAACCUCAUCCCUCACCUGCCUGUCUCUCUCACCAAACUCAAGCUGCGUGCAUUGUGGCUAUCAGAGAAUCAGAACAAGCCUCAAGUGCAGCUGCAGUCCGAGACUCUGCCAGAGACAGGCCAGAGGGUCCUCACCUGCUUCAUGUUGCCCCAGCAGCCUAGGUGUCACCAGCCAGAGACUGUUGUGGAGCCUGACACCUUCCCCGGCCAGGGUUGGGACGAGCAGCGCAGGGCCAAGACACUCAUCAAGUUUGCUUUUGAUGGGGAUGUGGACAAGCCUGGCCGCCUCACCCGCGCUCCUACACCCUACCCCAAGGAGCUCAAGGCCCUGGCCAAGCACGCCCGCAACCUACACAGCCUGCAGAAGGACUCGGCAGCAGGACGGCAGUUUGUGGUGGGGAAGAGCCAGGAGUCAUCCAAGAGUCCCACAGCUUCCUCAGCCUCCGUUGUCCAGCCCACAAAGGAUGAGGUGUCGGAAACAGACCUGGCAAGGAAGCCCAGCGCAUCCGUACAGCCAUCUCACCAUGGCCUCAAUCAGGCAAAGGAGAGAAGAAAGGAGGAGGAGGAGGAGGAAGAAGAGGAAGAAGAAGGUCCUGCUCCUCCACUAGCCGUCAUGGAAUUGCCUGCCGAGGAGCGACCACUUCUGCGUGAGGCGAGAAACGUACGGAACUCCCACCUUGCAGCUCAGAACACCUCCCUGUCUGCAGCGCCUGAUGGGGGAGAGGGAGCGGGUGCCAGGCUAGUCAAUGGCACCAGCAGGAAGUCACAGCAGGAGCAGCCAUACGCCAUUGGGGAUCGGAAGGUGUUUGGUGUGGCUCAGGUUGUAACGACAAUACCAGCACAGGACAAGGUGACGAGCAGUGAGGCAGGGCGAGCAAGCAUAGAUGAAGCCCCACCAGGAGUGCCACCACAGCCCCCUCCUUCCACCCCCACACAGGAGGCCCUGGCACCUGCCACUGAUGACCUCGCAGCUGACCCUCAGGACAAGCGGAUCAAGAAGCCCCCUCCUUACCACAUUGCUGCGGUGAUGUCUCGGCACGCAGCGGACUUCAGUGAGCCAGGCGUGGAGGCACCUGUCAGCCGGCCACUACAGGCCAGUACCACCACCACUGCCACUACCAUCAUCACCGGCACCACCACACUAGCAGCAGCAGCACCUGUGGUGGAGGACGAGAACAAUGACACCAGCAGCUCCAGUGACAGCGGCUAUGGUAAUGGCAAAGCCUCCACCCAGCAGACAGGUGACGACCCAGUGUGCAGUGACAGGAGCAGCCUUACCACACCAUCCUCCCCUCACAAUCUCACCGACUCAAACUUCUCCAUGCCAUCCACCCCAUCAUCUCCACCUGGCUCCCUUAACCUGGCCUCUCCACAAUCCACGUCCAGAUCCUUCAUGCCUUCCUUAUCCACCACCUCACCCCACCGGCCUUCCUCGCUCUCUGUCCCUCCCCCAUCCACAACCAUCCCUUCACAUACCUCACCUGCAUCACCAUACUCUCCCUCCACUGCUGUCACAUCCCAGAAAUCUUUCCCCAUGCGGCCACUUGAUUCACAGUACUCUGGCCUCACCAAGACGGCAUCCAGGCCUGCUUCUAUUGCCACUGGGGCACAGCUGGAGCCCUGCAUGGGUGGCCCUGCCCAGCGCCCAGGCUCCUUGGCACUGGGGGCACUGGCAGACUCAGCACUCCUCAACCGUCUGCCUCAUGACCAAAGACCAGGUUCACUAGCGGCCCCCAUCAACACACUUGGAAUCCCGCCUCCACCAGCUCGUGCAGUCUCCCAUAUGGGUCUGAACACAGUGGCUCCCCCCAGGCCAGUGGACCACAGCAUCUUCCGUAGUCAGGAUCUGGGGCGGACCACAAAUGGGGGAUGGGACCACCGGGCCAACCAGCGCCAGGAGAGUAAUGGCCUUGUCUCCAUCAUUGACCAGGUGACCAGCAGCUUGCUAGAGCAUGGGGACAGUCCACCCCCCAAGACCCUGCCUAGUGACAUGGCCAGCCCCAGCACACCCAUCAAGACCAACUCAUCCUCCUACUCACAGCCAGGACUAGGAGGCAAGAACCAGCCUGAAGUAACAGUGCCGGCCAACGCCAGUGCCUCCCACACCUACCAGACCACCAGCAGCACCUACACCGCCACCAGUCGUUCUGUUGGCCCCACAAACUUCACCCAGGACCAGCCACGGGGUGAGGUGCUUCACCCCACCCCUCACCGCCCCAGCCUCCUCUCUCCCUCAGGCUCCCGGCCAUCGCAUGACACCUUGCAGGAGUCCCCAUCUGCGCAUGAGCCCCACAGUGAUGGCACGGGGUCACACUCAAAGGGAGGUCACAUCACUAAUGAUCUGGUAAAUAAUAUUAACCACCCAGAGACCUCUGUGAUGUCCCAGAAGCCUGCCUCAAAGCUCCCAUCAAGGAUCCCAGCACUGGGGAUGAAGGCCCCCCACAGAGACCCCCUCUCCCCUAGUCAGGCCCCUAUGCCCCACACAGACUCCAGGAUCCCCACCACCCCACAGGACGGUGUGCGCCACAACUCAGGCAGCCCUGAGUCACAGCUGCCCACCACCUCCCGCCUGCAGACCCCUGGCAGCAUAGCACGGAGCCCGGCUAUCCAGGAGCCAAAACUGACCCCAGACACCAAGAUCCCCUCCAUGACUUCCCCCACCAGUCCCCAUGACAGGCCAGCACCUGGGGAGUCCAGAAUACCCACCCUGGGAAACAUUGGCCGCAGCCCUAGUGGCCUGGCCAAGGAGGUUCAGUCACCCCAUGACUCACACAAGGUGGAGCACCACUCAGUAAAUGAACAACACAAUGAGUCAAGGAUCCCAAUGAUGAGUCCGUCUGGCCAUACCCCCGAGCCACACCACAGCAAGAUAGGGCGGCCCAGCCCUGGUGAGGCAGGCCGGUAUGGCAGCCAGGCCAGACCUCUCACUUCGGGACAGGCAGUUGGCGGGGCAUCGGGUAUCCCCACCCUGGCCUCACAGGGGAGGAGCAACAGUGGUCUGGGCUCUAACCUCCCCAGCCCUGGAGGAUUGGGAGUGAAACUCAAUACCAGCAACAGCUCCCAUGGGCACCCCAAGACUCCCACCAGUGGAGGAGAGGGAGGGCAGGCACACCACUCAAAGAUCCAGUCACCGGUCUACUCAAGCGGCAUCCGUCCACCGUCCAUCCACUCACCUAGUCAGCAACAACAGCAGCAGCAGCAGCAGCAACAACAACCACACACCCCCAGGGGAUACUCAUCCGGCAUCCGCCCGCCCACCAUCAAUGCAGCCAUCAACACCCCAGGCAUCCCCAUCCCCUCUCCCUUGGGGACACCCGGCUCACGCAGCUCAGUCACCUCCACUGGGUCGGCUUCACGCAUCCCCUAUGCUGCUGGUGCAUCAUCCAAGAUCCCCGCCCCAGGCACCAACAAGCACCGUGUGUCACCCUCCUUCGGCCAGUCCCCAGAUGCUGCCAAGGGCAACCACUCGGCCUGGAUGUUUGGCCAGCACAAGAAUGCCCGAGUGGUAUGUCAGAAUUUCCCGGUAGUGAUCGAGAAGAACCCUGACCUGGGAUUCACGAUUGGACAGUCCCAUUCUGACCCAGACGACAAGAGCAUCUACGUGACCAGUGUGGUGGGUGGUGGGGCUGCCUCCUCGGCCCUCAAGGUGGGGGACAAGCUGCUACAAGUGGAUGGCGUGGACUUGCGCACAGCUGAUCUGCCCACGGCCAUGUCCAUCCUGAACAAGACCCUCAGUACUGUCAGUCUCAUGGUGUCCCGCGUGCAGUGAGAACCAGAGACUAACCAACUUAACACUUCAAAAAAACAGACAGAAAUAUAGAUAGAAUUACACAGACAAGGAACUCUUCAUACAAAGAUUGGAAAUUUACUUACUAAUCAACUGAAUACUUACUCUUUUUAAGAAUUACAGACAGAAAUACAGGAAGAGCUACACAGACAUGGAACUCUUCAAAGGUCAUACCAUCAACCAAAUGAUUAUUACUCCAAGAUUGACGUGGUAUUCCAUUAUAUUCCUCUCACUGUAUAAUUUUAUGUUUAUUGGUUUGAACAGCUCCCAGCCCAGAGUGUAACACAAGGGAAAUUUCCUAAGUUGGGCAUUACAGCUUAUACAGUUUAUACAUUCCUUGUGGUUGAAAUGAGGUUGUAUUCCAUUAGAACUACAGCAAAAACUCUUAGUUAGUUUUGGAAGUAAUUUCAUAUACAUUCCAAAAGUAUCAUUUCCAUUCCCAUGUUACUUAGAGAAGCAUUACACACAAAACAGUUGCAACAGUCAGCACAAAGCAUCUCAGUGUUCAUGUAGUGAGUAGGGCAACACAACACAAUAACUAUAGUAUUCUUUGUACUUCAAGCCACCUUUUGUCAGUGGUCAUAGCUCUGGCUCCUCUGAGUGUUAGAGGGAUACCAGAUUAGGAGAAACACUCACUAGAAUAAUCUAAGACUGGUUAUUUAAGGAGAAAUUGCAAUGAUGAUGCACAAUGUGUCAAUUUCUCAUGCCUCAGAAUUGUGCCUUGAGAUGACAGUUUGAUCUGUGACUCGUUUUUUUGCAGCCAUUCCAUUUUUAUGCAGCUUUGGGCAGGAGUGUCUUGCUGCUGGACAGUGCCACACAAGUACAUGCACAUGCCAUGCCUUUCACUGCUGGGUGUGGAGCAGGUGCCAUAGGAGGAGGUGGUGUCAUGUUUUGUACAUAUAACCUACUCUCUGUGGUUGUAUUUUGCUACUCUUUUAUUACACAGGUAGCAUAGUGUUUUUUGAGAACUUUUCACAUGUUUACUGGGGAACACUGCUGAUUCUUUGUUCCCUUUGGUACCACUUUGAAUCACAACAAAUGCCUUUUAUUCCAUUGCAUUUUAGUACUGUGGUCAGGAAAGGAAGUAAGAAAGCUGUUGUUGGUGUGAAGAAGUUUAGCUUUGGGGCCCAGAGUCACUUAAACUUAGAAGCCAAGGUUUGUGUUAGCUGUUGUCUUUUCUCUCAAGCAGUCAGUGAAGGAACUUGAAAUAGGUUGACAUGUAUGAGAAAUUGUUUGCAGUGGUGCUUGUAUAGUUCUUGCUUCUUACAUUCCAACGAAAGGUUCUAAAGGUUCUGUGGGAGGCUGUGAAUGAGGGACUGUCCUUCACUCACCAUCUCAUAACCCAGGUGCCAUUGCCACUUAGAGGUGCAAGUUUUUUGGUGUUUGCUCUUGAGUGAUUGUUAGUUGAGAUCAUAGGUUGAUAUCCAGCACAUGCACACACAAACACAUACAUAUCUGACUGAUGUGCCUUCUUACUGAAACAUUGAAGUACAAAUUGUUUGGCACAAGUGUUUACCUGUCAUGCCCUGAGGCAUGCUGCUUUUGUGGUAUUGGGAAUUCUUUGAUGUGUUAGAUUCUUUGUUGUUUUGAGGAGAAACCCAAGUAUUGCAAAUGAGACAGCUGUGUAUGUGUAUAGACAUAAUUCUUGGUAGAUAUUUUAAACUGUAUUUUGCACUUUGUAAUUUUAAAUGAAUUUGGUACAAUAUGAAAUAAUUUUAAAUUAUUAGCAGUCAUAGUAUUGCAGUGCAGAUGCCCAUGUAUAUCUAUAGAACUAAUUCACAAAUAUUUAAAUCUGCAUCUGCACAUUACCUCUAUUUCAGAUCAAACUUUUAAUAUAUAAAUUAAUCUUAAACAAUUAGCAGCAUUCCAGAGUAUUGCAAAGGAGACAGCUGUGUAUGUAUAGAACUAAUUCAUAGAUAUUUUAUUCUGCAUUUGCACGUUUACUACUAUUUCAAAUUAAACCUAUAUGAAAUAGUAACAAUUGGCAACAUUCCAUACACUGUAGAGUUUGUACUUCACCAUAGAGAUAGGCAUUGGUUUGGUGGUGAGGACGAGAAGUGAUAGCAGCUUUACACUGCACAUUCCAGGGGGUUGUAGCUACCGGUGCUGUACUGGUGUUGUAGUAGAGUGUUAGUAAAGUGUAGUGAACAGUUUCUUGGAUAAGUCUAGAAAGUUGUAUAUUUGAUCUCAGUGUUGAUGGACACGAGGUAGUGGGAGGAGCAGGUAGUGUUGUACUGCUGCAGUGUGCAUGGCUGAUGUGUCACUAGGACAGACAGGCAGCAUGGACAGUUGUAAUGAAGCCACAGUAGCUUGGAAAUGUACACACACACAAACUCAUAAGGUAAUAAUUUAACUGCAAAGUACAGAGGAUAAAAGUAUUUAAUAUUAAUUGUAUAUUGUGACUGGUUUUAUUGCAGCUUACAUCUGCUUGGUAAAUGCCUCAUAAAAUUCAAACAUUCUCAUUCUUUAUUCUCAGAGUUUUUAUAUUAAGCUUAAGUAAAUGUAAAAUUUAUUAUUGUAGAAAAUCUGCAGGCUUAUGGAGGAAAAUUUUUAGCCUACAAUAAGGAUACUCAAGAUAUCUAUAUAUUUAAAUUUUGUGCAUAGAAGUUUUUCUUCAUAUAUUAUAGUUUAUAGCUUUCAUUAUUUGACUGUGUGUUAAGGUGGAGGCCAUGCUCACAGUGCCUCUUGCCUUGGCGUAACAGCUUCCUGUGUGGCACUGGUCAUGGGGUCACUGUGAGGAGCAAGGAGGCCUGCACCACUUGAGGCUCUGUGCUGCCUCCAGCCUUUAAUUAUGUGUUGAGUUAUUCAUAUUACCCUUCACAUUAUAAUGGUAUUCUAAAAUUGGAAUUCUGGUAUUAUUGUGGUGCAACUAUUUCCACAUGUGUAUUUAAUGGUGCAGCUUAUCAGUUCUUAUUUAUCAAGUAUAAAUAGUAUUGAUGCAGCUUCAUGUGAAAAGCAGAAAUCAAGCCCUUUUUGUAACAGCAGUUUGAAAUAAUUAUAUUUAUUACUCAAUUUUCAUAUUUGUAAGAAGGACUUCCUUCAUAGUUGCUAUAGUGAAAUAUAUAUACCAAAUAAUUUAUACUCUCCAGGUUGCUAUUUUAUCAUAGUACAGAAAACAGCUUGUGUAAUGUGUGUAGCUAAUAUAAAGGCUUUCAGGUCAUAGGUAGAGGCUGCUCUAUAUAGUAUUUACAAGCAGUAUGCUUUAGUACCUCGCACUGUGCCCAUGUUGACCCAAACAUGGACACACAGUGCUUUGUUUAUUUUCAUGGUGGCAGGUUUUGGUUAUGAUUGAGGCAAAUUUUGAUCAUCUUCACACAAAUUGUACGACACUUGAGGGGAUGUGUGAUGGCAUGAUCAGUUUUGUGACAUGCAUUCCAGUCUGGCAUUCCAGCAGAGGCCCUCCAGGAUUAGUAAGGAGGGACUUGAUCCUGCUGGAGGCAACCAUCAGCCCUCCAACAAUAUAUAUAUAUAUAUAUAUAUAUAUAUAUAUAUAUAUAUAUAUAUAUAUAUAUAUAUAUAUAUAUAUAUAUAUAUAUAUAUAAGACCGCUUUACUGUUUAUUCUUGAGCCAGAAACAGAUGUGAAGUCAAGUAGUGAGGGAUGAGAGCUGCAGACACUUGACUGCUUUCUUUGAUUUUGUCCUGAGCAUGGAUGAUGGGACAGAUCUCUUUAAUUCAAUGAGCAGGUUGAGGCACUGAAGGGCUUUUCCAUGAGACUCAAUGAAGGCAAGAAAUGAUUAGUAAUGUAGGAAGUAUAAAUUAUUUGAUGGGUGAGAUGAUGAACCAGACAGCAGCCAUAGCCAGAGUGUAGCUUUUAGUGUCGUUUAAAGUGUGUGAGAGGAAAAAAACUUUCUGCAUCUCCAUUGGCACUAAACCUUAUCCUUCAUUGAUGAAUUUGUAGAUGUGCAGUUAGAAAAAUUUAUACACAUAUACCAAUGCUUUAUAUUUUUUGUAUUAGACUAUAAAUUAGUAGAUUAUAUUUAUUUUGAGAUUUAUUAGCAUGUAGAAAUUUAGAGAGACUUCCUGUAGGCUUUGUAACAGCAGGAAUUAUAAUGCUCAUUUUUUUUUUAUAUGAACAAUGUGGAUUAUUGAUAUUUGACUGGAAUUUUCCUGAGGUAUGGAAGGGAUAUGUAGGUGUCAUUAGACAAUAUCACCUUCCAACAAAGAAAUAACAUCCUCCAGACCCUUACCUUACCUAAACAUCAGUGUCUUUUCAUAUUUUUAACCAUCCAUCUAUUGCAUUACCACAGCGCUGCAUGAAUUGUGAUGUCAGGCACUUUCCCAUCUCUCAAUAACCUGAUGCCAUAGUAAGUUAUUUUCCCCCAUCUAUCUUCUGCACACUCUCUUCAUUGCUUUAGCCUGAAGUGAUAUGCUUUUUCUGCUUCUCAAGGCAAUUCCAGAAUACAAAUGUACAUGUAAACAUUUCCUCAUCUCAUACAAUCAAGUGGCUGUACUGGAAGCUAUUGGGGGUUUUCAAGGGUGUUUUUAUGAUUCUAGUGAUAGUUUAAAAAGAUACCUGAAUUAUCAGUUGGAAAAACUCCCAUGAAGACUUGAUGAAACCUCUGUGUGGCCUUUGAAAUAGUGUGGAUGAGGGGAGAAAGUGUUAAAGAAUAUGAAGGUACCAAGUGUAGUGUAAGCAGUGGGCAUCCUUGAGUCAAGAGGCAGCCGUGUUCCUCAUUGUUUUUCAUAAUGAGCACGUUUUAUUGGGAUGUUUUCUUAACCUAUUUUUAAUGUGCAGUUUUACUAAGAAGGUAAUGGCUGAAGUUUUAUGUUUUUGAUGUUUUUGUGUUUUCUGGUAACUUUCUUUGUACUUUUUUUUUUCUUUAAUGAGCAGGUUUAUAAGAAGUUAAUGAUGGGCUGUAAUUACACGUUUUUUUGUCCAUUUGUAAUGAUGCAUUUUUUUGUACGAGUUGUAUUGACAGUUUUUGUGGUUUACAGCUGAAUCAGAUGCAUAAAUUGCAUACUUUGCAUAGAAUUAUCUGUAUUUUUUUAUAUUUUAGAUAUUUCAGAGGGAGUAUGUUUUGAUUGAGUUGUUUUCUUGCUCAUAUGAGUAGUUGUAUCUAUCUGUCUAUAUCUAUCUGUCUAUUAAGUUCCAGAUGAGGAAAAAGGUGUAUGUAGUCAUUAGCUGUAAGGAUAGCUAAGAGAUAUAUAGAUGCCACAGCUUCAGAAUUGUGCUUAAUUAGUGUAAUGGACAGACCAGGAGAGUCUAAACGCCAAUUAUGUUAUAACCAAAACACAUAUUCUCAAGAUAGUAGGCAGCACAGGUCAGCUGGGGUUGAAAUAUUAGAUGAGCAAAGCAGGAAUGACCUAAACUAAAGCGGCAACUAUAGAGAAUGAGAAAAUAGUGUCCAUUCCUCUUAUCACCACUAAUGCUCCAUGAUUGACCCCAAAACACACCUGUCUGCAUACCUGUCUGUUUUACCUGUUGUAUUGUGUACCUGUGACCCACCCUCACCUACCCUGACCUCCCAGUGACCCAGGCUCAGAGGUCAUGGUGCAGUGUUUCCUGGGAAGGAGAUAAAUAUGCCUUGCUGUUGGUGACUUUUUGGAGUCGCUUAGGUGCCAGUGUUGCUGAUACAGAACCCAGUGUGCUAGACCAGGUUGCUGCUGAUGCACAUGUUGACUUAUUUUUUAUUUAAAAAAAAAUUUUUGUACAUACACUUAUUUUUGUCAGUUUUCUGUAUCUGAUUUAUGAGGGAUCUGAUUCUUUUUUUUUUUUUAUCCAUUUCCCUGCCUCCUAUUUAAAAAUAAAAGGGAAAUGGAUUAUUGCAAUUUUUCAGACGAUUUGUAUAUAUUUUCCUGUAUUUUUUUCUGUCGCUCUUUCCUGCUUUCUCAGUAUUUAAUUCAUUCUCAGAUAAUUUGGUAAUGACUGAUUUUGUUUUGUUGUUUCAUUUCUUUUUUGUUUCAAGUGAGAUGUCAUUGCAUGACUUGAAUAUAUGAUUAUGUAUUUUUUA